AAGGAAGGGCAGGACCAACUCCAGCAUCCGCAGUAUCUGAUUGGAAGCCACCAAAUGUCGUAGACGGAAGUUACUUCGCUGCCAGAGCGGGAAGACCGUGCUGCUGUUACACAUGUCAACACCCGGUUUCUCCCUGACGCUGAGACGUUAUCACAACCAGUAUCAUAGUUAGGCUUUUACACGUAGUAACUUCGACUGUGGGAUAUUUAGUUCAGAGCUUGUCUUAACAGCGGUUGAUAUAUAAGAAGUCAGGAGCCAUGCAGGCCUUUUUGAAAGGAGCGACUGUUCAGACGACCAGACCUCAGAAAGACAAGGCAGCAGCAGGGCCCAAUACAGAGAAGAAAGCCAAAGCUAUUCCUUGGGUCGAAAAAUACAGGCCAAAGUCUGUUGAUGAGGUGGCCUUUCAGGAGGAGGUGGUAGCAGUGCUGAAGAAGUCUCUGGAAGGAGCAGAUCUUCCCAACUUGCUUUUCUAUGGCCCUCCUGGAACAGGAAAAACCUCAACCAUCUUAGCUGCUGCUAGAGAACUUUAUGGUCCAGAGCUUUACAGACAGAGGGUGCUAGAGCUCAAUGCCUCUGAUGAACGCGGCAUCCAGGUUGUCAGAGAGAAGGUCAAGAACUUUGCUCAUCUUACCGUGGCAGGGGCUCGUCCAGAUGGGAAGCCAUGUCCUCCUUUUAAGAUCAUCAUCCUUGAUGAAGCAGACUCCAUGACCGCACCAGCUCAGGCCGCUCUCAGACGGACCAUGGAGAAAGAAUCGCGCACCACCCGCUUCUGCCUCAUCUGUAACUACAUCAGCAGGAUUAUAGAACCUCUGUCCUCCAGGUGUUCCAAGUUUCGCUUCAAACCUCUAGCCAAUCAGAUCCAAGAAGAGCGCCUGCUUGUUAUCUGCAACAAGGAGAAGCUCAAAUAUACCAAACAGAGUAUAGCAGCAUUGGUGAGGGUGUCUGAGGGAGACCUGCGGAAAGCCAUCACCUUUCUCCAGAGUGCUGCGCGCCUCAACAUCGACAAAGAGAUCACAGAGGCAGCUGUCAUUGAAAUAGCCGGGGUUGUCCCUCCCAAGAUGAUAGACAACUUGCUCCAGAUCUGCUUCAAAGGAACAUUUGAGAAACUAGAGGCAGCAGUCAGGAACAUGGUGGAUGAAGGCUACGCAGCCACACAGAUCCUGAGUCAGCUCCAUGAGUCUAUCAUAGAGCUUGAUCUGAGUGACAAGGAGAAGUCAGCUAUCACAGAGAAGAUGGCGGUUGUGGGUAAGUGCCUGUCAGAUGGUGCAGAUGAGUACCUUCAGAUGUUGAGUCUCUGUUCGGCCAUCAUGCAGCAGGCCUCCCAGAGUAACUAAAUCUCCACAAAGCAACAUCUCCUCCCCGGGGAGAGUAUUGUCAGCUGUUUCCAGCAGGACUAAUGGCCUCAUUGAGACACGAGUGCUUCACUCAGAUUAAAAUGAGUUUGUUCAGAGCUGCCGUUUGGGAAGUCAACGUCUACCAGUGGAUACCAGAAGAUAGUGUUGUUGUAUACUGUUAGAAACUCCAAUCUACUUAGUGUCUCUGUCACUGUACAGUGAUUACUUCAGUAAAUUAGACAACCUUGUGAACAUGCUUUAAAAAUCCCUAUUACUGUUAAAUCACCAUUCAGAUGUCUCUUUAACCCAUUUCAUUCAUGUAACUACUUACCAACAGAUCUUUGUACAUUUUUUACAUU